AUGCUCACCUUGUGCCUGUGGAUGGCGGGCGUCUCUGCCUUCCCCGGUCAGCCCGAGGCGCACAUGGCGGCCACCGGGAGCUGCCAGGACCUCGGCAAACAUUUCAAAAUCAGCCUCCGGGUGGAAGGGGAGCCCGUGGUCCUGAGGUGCCCCCAGGAGCGGUACUGGCCGGGGACCGCGGCCAUCUCCCGCGGCACCGUGACCUGGCACCGGAGCGGUUCUGCCGGGCCGGUCCACGGGGAAGACGGGCGAGUGUGGGUCCAGGACGGCGCCCUCUGGAUCCUGCCCGCCCAGCGGGGCGACUCAGGCACCUACCUCUGCACCAUCAGAAACUCCUCUUACUGUGACCAGAUGACCAUGGACCUCAGGGUGCUGGAGAACACGGAAGCCUCGCUGCCCGCCGUGUCCUACCCGCAGGUGCUCACUGCCGCGGCCUCGGGCUUCUUAGUGUGCCCUGAGCUGAGUGAAUUCAUCAAGAACAAAACUGACAUGAAGAUUCAGUGGUACAAGGACUCUGACCGCCUGGAUCCAGGCAGCGGGAGGUUUGUGAGUGUGAGAGGAACCACGAGCCUACUCAUCCACGACGUGUCGGAGGAGGACGCAGGCCGCUACCGCUGUGUGCUGGCCUUCACCCACAGGGGCACGCAGCACAACAUCACCAGGAACAUCCAGCUCCGUGUCCGCAGAAAGCAAAAGGAGACGGUGCCCGUGAUGCUGUCCCCGCACCAGACCAUCUCGGCUUCCCUGGGCUUGAGGCUGACGGUGCCCUGCAAGGUGUUUCUGGGAGGCGGCUCGCACACGACCACCCUGCUUUGGUGGAUGGCCAACACCACCAGCAUCGAGGCCGCCUACCCCGCCGGCCGCGUGUGCGAGGGCCCGCGCCUGGAGUACUCAGAAAAAGACGAGAACUACAUUGAAGUGCCCCUGAUUUUUGAUCCAGUCAUCAGAGAGGAUUUGACCACGGAUUUUAAAUGUUUUGUUCACAACAGACUGAGUUUUCAGAUGCUGCAUACCACAAUCAAAGAAGCAGCUGCCACAUUCUCCUGGGGAAUUGCACUGGCCCCCCUCUCACUGGUCUUCUUGGUUUUGGGGGGAAUAUGGAUGCGCAGAUGGCACAGACACAGGACUGGGAGAGCGUACGGCCUGACGACAUUGAAGACUGGUCAUCAAAGUGCUCACUUCUGUUCAAGUGAAUAA